GAUACAGCAGCCACUAUUCAGGAGUGCCAUGUAGCCUUUAUGUCAAUUGGACGUACUAUUCAAAAUAAAAUGUUAAGGUGAUUAUAUUUUCCAAGUUAAGGAAUACUCCAAAAAUGAGUAGAGAUUCAAUUCUAGAAAUUCAACAUAAAAGAGAGCAAAGCCAUGACUCAGGGACAUACCAGGACUGGACCCUCGAGGAAUCCUUCCAGCAUAGCCCUGGCCAACAGUGCAAGAACUCAGAUUUCGUGACCGUUGUCGCAGUUGACGAGAAACCUUUCGUGACAGUCCUCUCUGUCGAAAAUGGCACUUCCGACUCCGAGGAUGUACUAGUCUACAGGCUACCAGGAGAGAGGUUGGGCUUCGGGCUGAAAUUUGAUGGAGGUAUAAAAAAUGCGGAGAAAGUAAAAAAGUUAUUGAUACAAUCCUGUGCUGACGACAGCCCUGCAUCGAGAACCAGAGCUUCUUGGGGUCCUUUAGCUCCAGGUGACGAAAUCUUGGUUAUAGAUUCUGUUCCUGUUUCGGAAAUGACAAGAAUGGACUGCGUUAGGGCUCUGAAAGAAUCUAACGUCGUUAUAAAGCUUCGGGUGAGGAAGGGCCCUGGCAAGGAAGAGGACAAGGAAGCCCCGCCCAUUCCACCGCGGAAGUUUCCAAGAAAGAAGGAAAAUGUGGAGCCUCCUCCCCCACCUCCAUACGUUCCACCUCAGCCAGUGGAGGAACCGCAAAAGAACAGUCCUCCGGUACUGCCCCGUUCGCGCCAGUUACCUCAAGCUGAGCUCUAUACUGACCUCAUAGCCCAAGAGAGCAUAUUACCCACAGAAUCGGAAUCUGAUGAUACUGGUAGCAGCAUCUCCACCGUGGUCAGCAGGAUAUCUUCCACACCGACCACAUGUAAUUCGAGCUUCUCCGAUGGGAGAUCUAUCGAUCUGGCACCGCCUCCGGUCCCUGGAGCUAAGCCGACAGCCUACGACUUGGACAAAGUACUAGAACCGUUCCUUAGGCUGGAGCGAGAGUUCUCCUCCUCGGCUAUUAACGAAGCCAAUCUGUUUCAUAGCUUGGCGGAGGCAUCAAAUCUCAAGUCACCUUCUCCUCUUGAUGAAGAGGAAAGCGCCCCUAAGCCAGCCCCACGACAAGAGCGAAGACGCCCGCCGCCACCUCCACCUCCGAGGACAGAUAGGCACGAACAGCGCCACCUACCGCGGCUCAUCGACUUCGUCCCCAAGGACAGGACUGACCUUGUUGUGCCGAGUCCUCUUGUCCCGUCUCAGCUGCCAGCACAACCGAAAGUUGCAGAAGAACCUCUAAAAGAAGAAAUGACUCGCAAUGAUACUAAAGAACUCCCUGACGGAACUGCAGAGACAAAGUCUUCUACUAUGGAACCAGAAGAAUUUAUGCAAAAACCUGAAAGUUCAUUUCACAAAGAAAAAUAUCCACCAAGUUGUUCAAGACUUCCUCCUGAUGGUCAUGAAUAUCCUUCGCAAGAUAAAAAACCAGCUAAACCAUUGAAUGAUUCCAAACUACCUGUGAAUUCAUCGACACCACCAAUAUUGCCCAAAUCAACUAUUGAUGUAAAGAAAACUUCAAAUGAAACCAGUAAAUAUGCUUCUUGGAGAAAUGAUGAGAAAAGUGAAAAAAGUGUUAAAGAUAAAAUUGCAAUGUUCUCCAAUGUUCAACAAAACAAGGAUAUUCCUAAUGUACCUCCUGUAAAAUAUUGCAAAAAGCAAAAUUGGCAGAAAGGUUCAGAAACAGAAACAGCAUGUAAAGAUAUCAUUUUAAGUGAUUGUCAGCAGAAACUGAAGAAUGACCUUCCCGCAGCUAAAUUACUGGUGAAAAAAGACUCCUUGACAUUUCAAAGUCUGCUUGAUGUCACUAAUAAUUAUGAUAAUUGUAAAGAAACCAUUCCUAAAAAUGAUAGGACCCAAAGUACUUUGGACCUUACAGACAAUGCUUUUAGCAAUCAUUCUGUUACUACCAAAACUGAAUUUUCAACACUCCCAAGAAAAAGUGAUGCCCCAAGAAACAAAUUAUGUGAAUCAAAAUCAUCAUCAACAUCCAAUAAUAGCUCUCUUUCAAGAGCUUUAAGUUUUUCUGGAGAAACAAAACUUCAUAGUCGUUCACAAAGCCUUGUUGAUGUUGGUUCAAAAUACACUAGUACAUUCUUAAAGCAUGAAGAAGCUCGCCGUUGUUCUCUUGCUGCCCUUUCUGAACAGAGAAAAAAAGGGAUGUCUAAACUUCGAGGAUUAGUGAUACCUGAAAAGGUAAUAGAGGUGCCUACCCUUGUGGUUGAUGAUUUACCUGUUAUAAAAAGUAAUGACUGUCCUAUUACCAACAACUUGGAAGAAAAUAUUAUUACUAAAGUAGAUAAUGAUAAGGUUUCCAACAGUAAAUUUCCUAAUGAUAAAAAUUCAGCUUCAAUAACUAGCUCACCAUGGAAAACAGAAUUAACAACUCAUAAUUAUGAAAUACCAAAAUAUUCCCCAGCUUUUAAGAGGAAGUCUCUUUCUUUGUAUGGAACAUCUUCAUGUGUAUCAUCUGUUUCUUCAUCUUUAAGUUCAAGCAGAGAAGAACUUAGGAAUUGUUUUUAUGAUACAUCUAAAACCCUAUCUGGAGCUAACACAAGUAUUUCUCGGUCGUUAGCCAGCUUAUCACGAAAUCCAUAUUUGAAUGUUACUUCAUCUCAUUCUGAACCCAAGUCUUUAGAAAGCAUCACUUCACCAUCUAUUUCAGAUCUAAGUAACGAUUAUGGACAAGACUCAGUAUCUCCUAAUCUAAACAAUGAGACAUUACCACAAUACAAGUACAACGAAGGCUAUGCAUCAGAUAGCCAACAAUCAAAAAAUGAUGAAAGGGGACUGGAAGAAGAAAGUGAUAAUGAUUCAGCAGUAAGUUCUAGUCGCUCUAGCAUCUCCCCUCCCCAUUCACCUAUGCCCUGUACAAAAAAGAAUGAUGAUAUUAACGAUAUUAACAGCCCCAAAAUUCUAAAUCGUUAUGAUGUGAAACUGAAAAGAAGUCUUUCAUCAGAAACAACUGCAUCAAAUGCCUCCAGUGGUUCAACUCUCACAUCAGGAUCACAGGCUAGUUCUAGUAGUACUGGAGGUUGCCUCAGUAUGGAUAACAAAAGAGUUUUGAAACCACAAAGUGUUGAAGCAAUUAAUAGAAAGAAUGUUCUCUCCUCUGCUAAAUUUAGUUCUGGCACUGAUUUAAAACAUGAAAAUCCUUCUGAUGAACAAAAUGACAUCAAAGACCAACUUCCAUUGAAGACCAGUGGUUCUAUCUCUGAAAAUGAAGAAAAAAUUGAAUCUGAAAAGAAAAUGAAUAGUGAACCUAGCAUAAAUGAAUUAAACGAUAAUUUUGAAUUCAACUUGGUUCCAGUUAAUGGUAAAUCCACUAUUGAAUUCAGUAACUUCCAUUCUCCAGUAGAAAAUGAUCAAAUUAAAAAUCACACUCAUAACAAUGAAUUAAUAAAAUGUGAAACUUCAUUCAAUAUUGAAGAUUUCACUUACAGCAGUCAUAAAAAUAUUGAUAAAAAUUCUAAUAUGAAGAUAAAUAAUUUUAAUGACUUUCCUGAUGGCAUUAUACCAAAUGAGAAUCCUAACAAAUGGAAUGAAAACAGUAGUGUGGAAUAUGUUCCAAUAAUGAAAAUGAGUCGACCAAUUCUUCAAAUAGACCCUAAUCAGUAUGAUAAACAAAGGGAUGAAAGGGAAAAUAUUCCUUCACCUCAAGGAAUCAGUGUGAAUAAUAUGAAAAAGGUUUUUGAAAAAGUGGAAAGCAUUCUUGUUCCUAAUACUCGUUUUAAAGUUUCAAAUCAAAACUUGAUCCAGCACCCACGUAUACCCUCUGUGGAUUCUACAAAUAGUGAUGAUAGUUGUAUACCAAAUCUGCCACACUAUGGCUCAGCUUCAAAUCUCCAGAAAGAACAACAGUUUGGUAGUAUAACAUCAUUGGCAUCAUCAACAAGUUUAAUUUCCCAGCAGGAAUUAUCACAAUUAAUUGAAGAAGCAAAUCACACAUUAGAAGAUGAAGGGAACACUCAAGAAGUUUUGGUAGUGAUUUUAUACAGAGAUAUGCCUGGAGGAAGUAUUGGAAUAACUUUAGCUGGUGGAGCUGAUUAUGAAGCCAAAGAGAUAACUGUUCAUAAAGUUCUAAUUGGAAGUCCUGCUGAAAGAGAUGGUCGAAUACAAAAAGGAGAUCGCAUACUGUCUAUAAAUGGAAAGAGUAUGAAAGGUUUAACUCACUAUGAAUCCUUGGCUAUUCUUAAGGCCCCUCGACCAGAGGUAGUUUUAGUAGUAUCUCGGAAUAAAGGAGAAGUAAUAGAAGAAUCAGCUGCUCCAAAAUACACAUCAACAGCUGUGCGUACACGAUUCUCAGAACAGAAAUUGAUAAAUAAUUCUAAAGGAAAAGAUACAAAAUGGGGGCCUCCAGUUGUAGUAACAUUAAUUAAAGAUGGAACUGGACUCGGAUUUAGUCUUGAAGGUGGCAAAGACUCUCCAUAUGGCGAUUUGCCUCUGACCAUCAAAAAAAUAUUUACUGGUGGAUGUGCAGAAAAAUGUGGAAACUUGUUUGCUGGGGAUGAAUUACUUUCAGUGAAUAAUAUUGAUUUGUGUCAAUUAUCAAGAAUUGAAGCAUGGGCUUUAAUGAAAAGGUUACCUGACGGAGAAGUUAAUCUCAAUGUACGUCACCAAUAUUCAUAAUUUGUGUCUGACUUAAUUUACUUUUUAUUUCAAUUUCUUUUUAUUCUAAUGUUUGCUGUGUUGUCUUUUGUUUUAUAGUUAGAUACUAAUUAAUUAGAAAGUAAACAAAUUAACAAUGUAGCUAUUGUAUGUAGCAUAGAAUUUUAUUAUAUAAAAUUAAUCAUGAGACUGCCUCAUGAAUCCAUUGAUUCAUACUUAUGUUUGUUUAUAUAGCAUUUACUACUUUACUUGUAAAUUGAUUGUAUAAAAGAGCUUUGUUUGUUGAGUGUAAGGGUAUAUAUUUUUCUGAUAUUCUGUAAGAAAUAUGAAAAUUGUGUGAAUAUUUCUUUAAAUUAUUAUUUUUAAAAAUAGUCAUCCAACUAAGUCUAAGUAUUGGCUAGUGAAAAGCUGUUUUCCCCUUUUUUAUAACCACAGGCCAGAAAUAUUCUCAAAUUAAAAAUUGAAUGAAAAUUUUUACAUGUAGCUAUUUUAUGAAGUAAUAUAGGUAAUUUACAUAUAUGUAUUUGCAUAUGCUUAUUUAUUUAAUGUCAUAUAUUGUAUAUGUUGACCUACAAAAAUCAGAAAGAAGGCCUCCUAAUCUACAUAAACGAUACUAUGGAAUAUUUUAUUGAGUUCUUUUUCUUAUUUUUAUUUAUCUAUUUAUUAUUUUUAUUUUUUAUUUUGAGGGCAAAAGAACUUUUAGUAUUCUCAAGUUAAAUUAAAUACCCAACAACUUGUUUAAUCUAUUCCAAUUCUUGGAAAUAUGUUCUUAAAUGUUAUUGUGCAUGAUGUAUAUAUUUUAUUGUAAAUAUUAGGUUAAAAAAUAUAUAUAAUCUGUUUAGUUAUCUCCUCAAAUUACAAGUAUUUAUAAAGUGUACCAAAGCUGUAGAAAUUUAUGAAGUUGAUAUAAAAAAAAGUUGGAAGAGUCUUUGACUAAGUAUUACUUGGCUAUUUCAAAAAUCCAUAAAAAUCAUAUUUUGAGAAAUGUAAUUUUUUAAAAAUAGAUUUCUUGUUGUAUGCAUGAUUUUCUUACUUUUUACUUAGGAUUUUUAAUUAUUUCAUGUAAACUUGUAAACAAAACUGCUGUCUAAUGUGCAUUUAAAAUAUUGUAUGAACUAUGUUGUAUUAUUAUGCAACCUAAAGUUUAGUUUAUGUUCUGUAAUAAAUGCAAAUUAGUAAUGUUUUCUAGUUGAAAGCUAAACUGAAUUUAAUUACUUACCAUUUAUUUUUUGUAUAAAUAUGAAAACGUUUGAGAGCUCAACGCUUUGAAACAUUUUAUUAGACUUAUCUUGGUCAUUUCAUGAUAAAUUCAGCAUCAGCAGUGUUAAUAAUAUCAAACAUUUUCAAUCACAAUUUAUAUUAAACAACUUUGUAUAAUGUUAAACGAAAUUAGUAACUGUAUAAUUAUUAAUUUUAUCAAAUGUUCUUUUUCUGAAACAUGUUCGUGAUAGGAAUAUUUUCAGAAAUAAAAUUAGUCCUUCCUAGUAUCUUAUUUUUCAAAGCCCUCAAUGUUUUAUUUAUUUAUCUAUUUUUUUUUUUUUUUUUUUUUUGGUCAUGAAUAAUCAGUUAUAUUAUCAACAACCUUCUUCCAAUGAACUUAAUGAUAAUGAUAUAUUUGACAAUCUGCAAAAUACAUUUUGAUUCAUACAUAUAAUUAUUUUUUAUCAGAAAACAAGUAGUUACUAAUAAAACAUUAUCAUAUUAAUAAAAAAAUACACUUUUUAGGAAAUAAUUAUUGAUGAAUUUUUAAUCUAAUUAUUAAUUUUUAGUUCUAACAAAUCUUUUAGUAUACCUGGUCCAUUAAUUCACAGUGCUAAUAAAAACAUAAUAAUUUGGAAGUCCGAUAUUUGAUAUAUAUAUUUAAUUAACUGAAAUUUCAUAAAGUUAUAUUAACUGAAAUUACUUUAUAUAGGUUAUCCUUUAUUUGUGGGAUGUACUGUUAAAUUUACAGUACAUUUCUAAUAACACAAAAAUCAUUUUUAUAAUUUAUGAAGCAAGCAAUAAUCUCCAAAUAUAAUCUCCUUUUGUUUUCUAUUAGAUUUUUUUUUGGAUGGUGGAAAUUCCUGAUAAAACACUAAAUUAGUUAUUUCAUUUAUGGAGGCCUUUUUGAUAAUAAUAAACUUCCUAUAAUAUAAAAUUUAUUCUGGAAAUUGAAAUGAAAAAAUACUAUGUUUACUGUUGUUUAAUAUAAUAUUCUAUCUAUGUUGUAUGUUUUUUGUAUAUUGAAGUAAUCUGUGAUACCAACAAAAUUAUUAAAUAAAAUAAUGUUUUUUUUUUU